AUGGCUUCCUCAGACGCAAAAGCACAAGCUAAAAAGGAUUUUGAAGAUGUUUUUGCCAUACUCGCUGAAGAAUUCUUGGCAAAUGUGAAUUCUCGAAAACUUCCAGAGGAAGCAACUGAAUGGAUUAGAAAGAACCUUUAUCAUAAUGUUUGCGGAGGAAAAAUGAAUCGUGGCAUGUCCGUGGUCGAUUCGCUUAAAAUUUUAAAAGGUGCUGAAGCUUCCGCUGAAGACCUUUUUAAAGCGAGAGUUCUCGGAUGGUGUGUGGAAUGGCUACAAGCUUUUUUCCUCGUUGCUGAUGAUAUCAUGGAUGCCUCUAUUACACGUCGUGGAAAUCCUUGCUGGUAUAAAAUGGAAGGAGUUGGCACUAUCGCAAUUAAUGAUUCGUUUAUUUUGGAAUCUUCAAUUUAUUUCUUUUUGAAAAAAUAUUUUCGUCAAGAACCCUACUAUGUUGAUUUGUUAGAAUUAUUUCAUGAGGUUACCUUAGACACUGAAUUGGGUCAGUUAAUUGAUUUGAUAACCGCACCCGAGGAUAAUGUUGAUUUGAACAGAUUUUCUAUGGAAAAGUAA